ACGCAGCUACAGAGGCCGAGCGAGUUCAAAUCCCCCGGAGAGACAGGCGCCGGGGAGAGAAUAACAAACCCCGCAGAUUAACGGGGAAAACGCCGCACGCAGGUUUCCCGCAGCUCCGCGACCGCCGCAGCGCUACACCGCAGCCCCGCAACCCCCGCAGGACCGGACAGAGCGGGAGAGACAGACCGAGGAGAGGCAGGAGACGGAGGGGAGAAUCGGCGCGCGGACCGCGGCAGUUACAGUAGUGGUUAGCAGCAGUAGCUAGUAGAUCUGUCAGUGUGUUGUUGCUGGUUUUCCUGUUUCCAGCAUGUUUCCUGUUGCAUUGCUAGAGUCAUGCUGAUCAUUUGGAGUAGAGUUUCUGUGUAGCGCACUCAUUCGUCCUCUGUGUUUCCACCCGUCUGUUUUAUUUUUCCACGUGUGUACGUAUGUGUGUCCGUGUUUGUGUGUUGUUGUCCUGUGGUGUGUGUCCGUGUGUAUGUGUGUGUGUGUAGGAUGGAGUGGCAGCCGGAUGAACAGGGUCUCCAGCAGGUUCUCCUGCUGCUGAAGGACUCCCAGUCUCCAGACACGGCCACACAAAGAGCUGUGCAAGAAAAACUCGAGCAACUGAAUCAAUUCCCUGACUUCAACAAUUACCUCAUCUUUGUCCUCACGAGUCUCAAAUCUGAAGACGAGCCCACUCGCUCUCUGAGUGGUCUGAUUCUGAAGAACAAUGUGAAAGCUCACUAUCAGAACUUUCCUCCUGCCGUGGCAGAAUUCAUCAAACGGGAGUGUCUCAACAACAUCGGAGAUCCUUCACCGCUCAUCCGCGCCACCAUCGGGAUUCUGAUCACCACGAUAGCGUCUAAAGGUGAGCUGCAGACGUGGCCCGAGCUGCUGCCUCAACUCUGCAACCUGCUCAACUCUGAGGACUACAACACCUGCGAGGGUUCGUUCGGGGCUUUGCAGAAGAUCUGUGAGGACUCCUCUGAGCUGUUGGACAGUGAUGCUCUGAAUCGUCCUCUAAACAUCAUGAUCCCCAAAUUUCUACAGUUCUUUAAACACUGCAGCCCCAAGAUCAGGUCUCAUGCUAUAGCAUGUGUGAAUCAGUUCAUCAUAGGCCGAGCUCAGGCUCUGAUGGACAACAUCGACACCUUCAUAGAGUCUUUGUUUGCGCUGGCGGGUGAUGAAGACUCUGAGGUGAGGAAGAACGUGUGCAGGGCGCUGGUGAUGCUGCUGGAGGUCCGCAUAGACCGACUCAUCCCCCACAUGCACAGCAUCAUCCAGUACAUGCUCCAGCGCACGCAGGACCCCGAUGAGAACGUGGCUCUGGAGGCGUGCGAGUUCUGGCUCACUCUGGCGGAGCAGCCCAUCUGCAAAGAGGCUCUGUCAGGACACCUGGUCCAGCUCACCCCGAUCCUGGUGAACGGUAUGAAGUACUCUGAGAUUGAUAUCAUUCUACUGAAGGGUGAUGUAGAAGAGGAUGACAAUGUUCCGGACAGCGAGCAGGACAUCAAGCCUCGUUUCCACAAAUCCCGCACCGUCACCCUGCAGCACGAGGGCGGAGAGGGAGAGGAGGGAGAGGACAUCGAUGAAGAUGAGGACGAUGAUGACGACACACUGAGUGACUGGAAUCUGCGUAAAUGUUCAGCAGCGGCGCUGGACGUCCUGGCUAACGUGUUUCGAGAUGAGCUCCUGCCCCACCUGCUCCCUCUGCUGAAGGGGCUUCUGUUCCACCCAGACUGGGUCAUUAAAGAGUCGGGCAUUCUGGUCUUGGGAGCGAUCGCUGAAGGCUGUAUGCAGGGUAUGGUUCCCUACCUGCCUGAGCUGGUCCCUCACCUGAUCCAGUGUCUGUGUGAUAAGAAGGCUCUGGUUCGCUCCAUCGCCUGCUGGACGCUCAGCCGCUACGCCCACUGGGUGGUCAGCCAGCCGCCCGACGCCCACCUCAAACCUCUCAUGACCGAACUUCUCAAACGCAUCCUCGACGGCAACAAGAGGGUGCAGGAGGCUGCCUGCAGUGCGUUCGCCACUCUGGAGGAGGAGGCCUGUACGGAGCUGGUCCCGUACCUCAGCUUUAUCUUGGACACGCUGGUGUUCGCCUUCGGGAAGUACCAGCACAAGAACCUGCUCAUCCUCUACGACGCCAUCGGGACUCUCGCCGACUCUGUGGGACACCAUCUCAACCAGCCGGAGUACAUUCAGAAGCUGAUGCCUCCUCUGAUUCAGAAAUGGAACGAGCUGAAGGAUGAGGAUAAAGACCUUUUCCCCUUGCUGGAGUGUUUGUCCUCGGUUGCCACAGCUCUGCAGAGUGGUUUCCUGCCCUACUGUGAGCCUGUGUACCAGCGCUGCGUCACACUGGUGCAGAAAACCCUCGCUCAGGCCAUGAUGUACAGCCAGCAGCCUGAUCAGUACGAGGCUCCUGAUAAGGACUUCAUGAUUGUGGCUCUGGAUCUGCUGAGCGGAUUGGCCGAGGGACUCGGGGGACACGUGGACCAGCUGGUUGCCCGUAGCAACAUCAUGACUCUCCUCUUCCAGUGCAUGCAGGAUACGAUGCCGGAGGUGAGGCAGAGCUCUUUUGCUUUGCUGGGAGACCUGACUAAAGCCUGCUUUCCUCACGUCAAACCCUGCAUCGCGGAGUUCAUGCCGAUUUUGGGAACGAACCUGAACCCUGAGUUUAUCUCUGUGUGUAAUAACGCUACCUGGGCCAUUGGAGAGAUCUGCAUGCAGAUGGGUGUGGAGAUGCAGCCGUAUGUGUCUCUGGUUCUUCCUCAUCUGGUAGAGAUCAUCAACAGACCCAACACUCCAAAAACCCUGCUGGAGAACACUGCCAUCACGAUUGGCCGGCUGGGCUACGUGUGUCCGCAGGAAGUUGCUCCCAUGCUGCAGCAGUUUAUCAGGCCCUGGUGCACGUCACUGAGGAACAUCAGAGACAACGAGGAGAAGGAUUCGGCCUUCAGAGGGAUCUGUGUGAUGAUUGGUGUGAAUCCUGGAGGUGUCGUCCAGGAUUUUAUCUUCUUCUGUGAUGCUGUGGCUUCCUGGGUCAGUCCUAAAGAUGAUCUGAGAGACAUGUUCUACAAGAUCCUGCAUGGUUUUAAGGACCAGGUAGGAGAGGAGAACUGGCAGCAGUUCUCUGAGCAGUUCCCACCCAUCCUGAAGGAACGCCUCUCCGCAUGCUACGGCGUGUAGCCCCGCCCUCGCGCACACGCAGCACGAUCACGCGCUGUCAGCUGAAUCUUUAGGAGGGUUAACCGGGGGGGGGACUCAUCCAUCUGUGUAUUGCACUGCCCUGAUCGUGGGGGAGAGGGACGCGAUUGGCCGCUCCGCCUGACGGACAGACCCCACGCCCUGUGUGUGUCCAUGAGGACUGUGGUGAAUGGUAAUGUGAUGAAGCCGCAGCACAGGAAGCAGGAGGGAGGUGAAGGGGCGACGAGGCUCAAAAGCCUGGUUUACCUCCACCACUCUGUCUCCGGGCCGUAACCCCGCCCUGUCAGCGGGCGAGUCUGGAUCCACCGAGCGGACGAACUGCCCCACGCGGGAUUUAUCACAGUGCAGAUUAAAUCCGUAUCCAUCGUUACCCAACGCCAUGCAGCACAGCCGCGGCCGCAGGUCCAGCAUCACCUCGUCCUGCUCAUCUACCACAGCUUCCUCCUGCAGAGAGACAAGAUAAAACAGCACAUUACACACACACUAUUAAUAACUACAGUACUGUACAAUAACUAAGGGAUGUCAUUUAAUUAGUGCUUAAAAUUAGUGGCUUAAAAAAUAAUCACAUUUUCGAUUAUAAUCGAUUUUUGCCCCUACAAAAAAUCUAAUUACAGAUGACAAAGAAAUGGUUCAAAAGUUAAUAAAUAAAUAAAUAAAUGAAUAAAUUCUCUACACAGCCGAGGAGUUACUCACACAGUAGUUGGGGGUCUGUGAUUUAAAAUUGAGAAAGAACGCACUAAACACAGUCCCAGAGGAAAGUUUGAAGGAGAAAUUAUUAUUAUUUUCCACAAUUAAUCAAAAUUCCUCACCAGAAAGUGAUGAUGCUGCACUUUUUUAGAAACUGUAGAAUUUAUUUCUAGUUAAAUGUGUUUUAUUCCACCGGGUGUUCGUGUUGAAAGUGCUGGAACAGUGCUGGAUUUUUUUUUAGUAUGAACUCAGUCUAAAGACUAAGCUGAAUGUUUAGAAAAUAUGCGUGUGUUAGUCUGUGGGAGGGGCUGGUAACCAGGGUAAGACGGAUAAACACAUCAGUAAACAAAAAAAAGAGAAAAUGUCUCUAUGUAAAAUCACAUUAAAACAUUAAUGCACUACAUCGCACUACAUUCAAUAAAAAAAUUGAUUAAUCAGAUUAAUCACAUCAUUGUUAUUAAUAGCAAUUGAUCACAUUUGUUUUUUUUUGCUUGAAAUAUAAGCAUUUAGUAGUGGAUAUUUAAUUUUUUGUUUUAAACAAUAAAACAUAUAAAUGCUGGUAAAAUGGUAAAAUUAAAUUUCCCUGUAUGUUUGGUAGGGAGACCAUAAUAAUAUAAUAAUAGUGUUGUGUGAUUUAGGACUGGUAGACUAGAGCUUUUUUUGUACUUUGUUAUCUAAAUAUUUCAGGGUAGUUGAUGAUUUUUAAAUUAGAAUCUUUUUUAAUGUAAAGUAAAAGUUUAACAGAGAGCCUUAACAUCAAACAGGAGCAGCUGUGUGCGAGUGUAGGUGUGUGUAAGGGAGAGAGAGACAAUAGUGAAAGUUAGUUAUGAGAUUGAAUCAAUUUUAGUUCAUUGUCAGAAUAAAUAAAUAGUUUAGCAUUUAAACCUGACAGUAUGAAGCUGUGCUUACAUCGUAGAUAAACCCACUAAUAUAGCACCAGACUCUAAAAUUACAGGACGAAACUGCCAACAAAUUUGGUAAAAUUACAAAUUUGUGUAAAAAAAAAAUGAUCACAUACACUAAUGUGUUAACGUUGACAGCAAUACUAAUAACUAUACUAAUAACUGAGCGAUUUAUUUAUUCAUUUAUAAGUACCGGGUCAAACAAUUAUCUAGAUUCAGGUAUACAAAUACUGAGACCUGCAGAGCAACAUUCAGAGCAGCUUCAUUUUCAUAGAUAAACAUGCAUCUCACAGCCUUUACCAACAGGAUUAGAGUGAGUCACAGGACUGAAACCUCCACAAAUUAUCUGCCUUUCAGUUCCACCUUAAAAGGGACCUUAAAUUAAUGUGCAGUGUCUUUAAGAAGUCAGUUUAUUGCAUCUGCUGGCUGGUUUAGGGUCCUAUAAAAUGGGUUAAAUCCAAAAUUCUGUUAUAUUUAGUCAGAUAUUUUCAAUUAUUUAUUUAUAUUUGCCAUAUUUUUUAUGUUUAUUUUGUUUUGCUGUUUACAGUUUUCCAUUAGCAAAAAUACUUAAAAUAAUUAUUAAAAUAAUAAUUAUAAUAUUAAAAUAAAAAAUGAUUACUAAAAUACGACUAAAGAAGUUCAUAGAAUUGUAGAACUAAGUCCAUAUGUGUUCAGAAACCAAGUUAAGCUCCACAUCUUUCAUCCAAGAACAGAAAGCUGAAGCUGCAGUCGGUACUAGACAGCAAAAGACUGAGAUGUAAAUAUACAUAUAUAUAUUUUUUUUUAUAUAAUUUUAUCUCAUUUUUUUUCCCAUUUGUCGCACCCACUCAACUGCUACUCAGCUGUAUAUCCCCUAUCAUUAGUGAUGCCUCAACACCAGGAGGGUGAAGACUAGCACAAGCCUCCUCCGAUACAUGUGAAGUCAGACUCCGCCUCUUUUUGAACUGCUGCUGAUGCAGCGCAUUCGGAGGAAAGCGCAGCGACUCGGUUCUGAUACAACAGCUCACAGAUGCAGCCUUGUGCUGAUCCACAUCACUCUAGGAGUGAUGAGAAGAAAGAGCGCCAUCUACUGUACCCACCCAGAGAGAGAGCAAGACCAAUUGUGCUCUCUCGGGGCUCCAGCAGCUGAUGGCAAGCUGCAUGACUUGGAUUCGAACCAGCAAUCUCCCGAUCAUAGUGGCAGCGCUUUUUUGUAGUCGUUAUCAUGUUUCACUACAACUGAAGUCCAUUUAAUACCAGAUUUCUCCUUUAAGAAUGAUUUUUCCUACUCUUGGGAAGUUGCUGUUUUGGAGAUUUUGAAGGAUUUUACAGGAGAACGAGAGUCUAUUUCUUUAUUUUCUCCACCUGUUUAUGCGAAGUCAUUCAUCCCUCACAGAGAGUCUGAUAGCAGCAGUACUGGUGUCCGGCUCAUCCUUCAUUUGACUAAGUAAGUUUGCUUACAGGGUGGAAACACAGGAGCUGUUUAACAGAGAGCCGUCAGGUGAUUAACCGGGUUACUGAGCGACUGUACCCGACCCAGCCGAGCUCAGAGUCUGGUUUUACACUGGUUAAUGAUCAGCGUUCAGUGGAGAAGUGGAGCUCAAUUAUUACACACAAACUGUAUACACACACCUUUCCUAUAAAAUCUCUAUAAACUAUAAAGUUAUUAUGUAGUUGUGUUAUAGUUUAUAUGAUCCGGAUCAGUUGAUGAGUUUGUUUAUUUGGAGCGUUUCUCCCUCUGUUUGGUUUGUUUUCACACAGGCACAAAAACCUAAACGCUCCAAAAUACGCACCAAUAAACCACGUGAACACAUCGUCUCCCCUGAUUGGUCUGAAAUGUCUGGUGCGGGAGCAAGAAAGUAAAUAUAUUGAGAAGAUUCUGUUUUAUUACAGAACACUGAAAAUUAACUGCUGCGCUUUCAAACACAGUGUUUUUAUAAAGGGUUGUGCAGCACAGAUGUACACAUAGUAAACGAAGUUGCACAGCUGCGAGCAGUGAACGUAGCACACACCGCGUGUGUAAACAGCAUGGAGCAGCAGCAGUAGACAAAGUGUUUGUUCAUAGCUGUGUUAAUUAGCAUUAUCUGACUAAUAUAUCAGAAUAAACUGUGCCUUAUUGGCCGUUUAGCUCAAAUAAAAUAAGUUAUAUUUGAUAAUUGGGUCGGAUCGAGACCAGAUCACGUUCUCCAAAGAGUAUGGUUGUUUUGAUCUGCACCUGAGUGUGGUUACAUUUAGGAGCGUGAACAAGCAGAUCAGUUUCCCCUGCUGAGAAGCGAUGGACACGUCCAGUUAGCUGCACCGUUAAAAUAGCAAUCUGCUUUUUUAUCCAAAGUUAGAGCACAUCUAUCUUUUAGAGGAAAUGAUGAGCAAGUGACACUCUGAUUGGUUUAUUUCACACUACACCCGAGAAUAACCACACUCAUGAUUAAUUAAGAAAAUCAGUACAUGCCUUUUGCGCAUUUCGAGUUGCGCAAGGUGUACUUUUCCCGUUGUUAUGACAGCAAAGACACAAUGAUGUCCUGAAUCAAGCUGCACUUUUCGAAAUUGAUGGUUCAUCUAUAGUUUGCUUAAAUAGGGCCCUAAUAAAGCUCUUCAUAUGUCCAAAAUGAAAGAAGUAAAAUAAAAGAUAUUUGCCUCAUGUGAUCUGUCUUUUUAUGGUAAAUUAAAACAGUGUACUAUAAGGCGCACAGUAUUAUAUAGCACAUUAUUAAUGAGCGUCUAUUUUCCGAUGUAUUUUCAUGUAUUACAUUAUAAGGUGCAUUUUAAGCAACAAUAGUAAGGAACAAGGGAGAUGUCAUACUCCCCACGGCUGAGUGUAAUUCAUUUCAAAGUCAAACGAGUGCUUGAUAUUAAUCUACACAAAUUUCUCUCCUGAAAACUCAAUUAGUUUAUUUGGGUGAGUAAAUCACUUCCGUUCAUUUACAGUAAGCAGCAGCGCUUAUCGCUAGUAAAUGCCGCCCAAUAGCUCUAGACUGAGGAACCCUGAGUGUUUUGCUAACCCAGGGCGCUAUUAGUUAGCGGUUCGUCCCACGUAGCUUGUUUAAACACAGUAAGAGAGCUAGCACUGUGGUUAGCGGCUAAUUAUAAUGCUAAUGCUGCUGCACCCAGCCUUAGUGCUGGAGAGAUUUCACUGAAAACUCACCCUUAUAACUCUGUACUUUAGCGGAGUAGCUUUACUGCUACUUAAUACCUGACUGGUAGAAUUCAUACAUAAGGCGCACUGUCGAUUUUUGGGAAAAUUCAAGGACUUAAUUGUCUGAAAAAUACAGAAAAUGUUAUUUUUGUUCCAGACCAAAUAAGGCAGGUGUGUCUAACAAAGUGGGAUCUCUCUUUCUUUAUUCUUUAUUCUAACGUCAUUCUGGAGCUCAAGGGAGGAAGGGUUCCUGGAGAGUUCACAAGGACAUGUGUGUGUGUGUGUGUAAGACUCUUCGACUCUUGUAUUGCAGAAAGCGAGUUAAACACACCCUGCUGAGGCACAGGAUAUUCUGUAAGCUCUGAUGUCACUUCCUGUUCUCAAACAAUGCAGGGAUGGAGCCUUGUUUUAAUCGGAUGAGGAGCAGGACUACGCUUGUGACGUCACUGUGACGUUCCUUAACACUGGAUGCUGAAUCCGAGCUAGACCCAGGGUAAAGCUCCUUCACAUCUCAAGACCAAGACAGCUCUACAUGCUUGGAGGAGAACACUAAUUACCAGAUCUGCCACAUCGUUUUAACAGCUUUUUAUGAACCAAAGCUGCAGAUGGUGGGAAAUUUACUCUUAACCUUGCAAUAGGUUGUACACCUCAAUAUACAUUUCUUAUAGAAGGAGCACAGAAUCAGACAUGGGUGUGAGAGUGUAUAGGGUUGCAUGUGUCUCACUGUUGUGACAUAAUCUAACAAUCUAACAUACUUUUGCCAUUAUUUACAACAGUGCUGACCUGGAUGCUUUUGUUUAGCAUCAAAACGCCUACAAACGACUGCUCCUGAGACGUGACACACUUGCAGCAGGUGGACGACAGAUCUCAAGAACUUCCCAAGAAUGACAAGGAUCUCCUAUUCCUACUCUUCUAAAAAAGUGUUUUUGUCUGGUGUUCUGUGGACUCUGUCGUGUGUAUUGGAACAAGAAUUAAGCCAAAAUUGGUAUAAUUUCACUCAAAACUCAAAAAUAGGCCAAAUAAAAUUAUUGCCACCCUCAA